AUGGCAGCACCUUCCCAACAAGUUCCCAAGUCCGUCUUGAUUCUGGGCUCUGGUGUCUUUGGUCUCAGCACCGCAUACAGCUUGACGCAAAACCCUGACUUCGCCAAUACAUCAAUCACCCUUGUCGACCGUAGUGCUUUCCCAGCACCCGAUGGUGCAAGCAUAGACAGCAGUCGCAUUGUCCGACCCGACUAUGCGGACCUUCCUUACGCCCGUCUCGCUAUCGAAGCCCAAGCACGCUGGAGAAACGAGUGGUGGGGACAGCAAGAUGUUUACCACGAGCCCGGCCUAGCAGUCGUGGUCAACAAAGACGAAUCCGACAAUGGCAACGGCGACCUGGGAAGAAAAUACAUGAGAGACAGUAUGGCCAACGUCGAGCGUUGCGGUCUCAAGCCAGGAAAGAAGAGCGAGGGAGACCACACGAAUGCCGCGCAGGAAACUGCUAUUGCCGCUGCUGCUGCGACGGGCAAAGGUGGCUCCUCACCAGGCGACUUUGGUUACGUGAACUGGAGGUCUGGGUGGGCAGAUGCUGAAAAGGGUAUGCGUGUGCUGCGUGCGAAAGUUGAGGAGACAAACCGCGUCCACUUCCUGCAUGCCUCUGUCUCUCGUUUACAAUUCAGCAAUGAUGCUGUCACCGGUUGCGAGACAGAUGAUGGAAGAGUCUUGACAGCAGAUCUCGUCGUCUUGGCCACCGGAGCCUGGACACCAGCCUUACUGGACCUUCGCGGCCGCUGCAGUGCAACAGGCCAAAUCCUUUCAUACAUCAAGAUCAGCGACGCCGAGCAAAAAGCUCUUGGUGGAAGACCAACACUUCUUAACGAGAGCAGUGGCCUCUUUAUCAUCCCACCCGUCAACAACGUUCUCAAGAUCGCCCGCCACGGCUACGGCUACUGCAACCCCGUCAGCAUCCCCCACCCUGAAGACCCCUCCGCAGGAAACAUUACCGUUUCCCUCCCGCGCACACACAUUUCUCAUCCUGGCCUCGAAAUCCCCGAAGAAGGCAAGAAGGCGCUUCGCUCUUUCCUCGCCGCAGUAUACCCUUCGCUCGCUACUCGCCCAUUCAUCUCCACACGUAUCUGUUGGUACACAGAUACACCUCGCGGCGACUGGCUUCUCUCCUACCAUCCCAAGUACAAGAACCUUUUCGUAGCCACCGGUGGCAGUGGUCACGCUUACAAGUUCCUGCCAGUUAUUGGCGACAAGAUUAUAGAUUGCCUGAUGGGUAACCCACCAGCAGAAUUCAAGGACAAGUGGGCAUGGCCUGAACGUGAUCUUGAAGAUCAGGUCUGGACCAAGGAUUGGCGAGGCGGUAUCAAGGGUAUGGUGUUGGAAGAUGAGUUGAAGAAGGGCGAGAACAAGGCGAGGUUGUAG